UUUGUCAGUGUCGCUUGCGCUGUAUUGUGAAACAACUGAUUUACAUUGUUUGUUUUUAAUAUUUCUUCAAAAAAAAUAAAUAUUCUUGCAUUUUAGAGUGAGAUUUUUGUCAUGAGUUAUAAUCCAGUGCAAAAUCGAGGCAUGCCUCAUCAACAAUAUAACAAUCCACAUCCGCAAGAAAUGAUGUCUGCGAAGGAGCAGAUAAUGAUGUGGCCGAAUCCGUAUCCUUGUGAUUCCGGUAUCAAUUCGGGUGUUGUGACCCAGGUGCCAUCAUUGAGUGGCCAUGAAGAAGACGAAGGAAUGGAAAAUGAGCCAUUGAUGUUCGAUAACCAGGGUAGCUAUAAUCAGGACCAGGGCGGCUAUACUCAGAAUUUCACACAAGAACAAGUCGAUGAUAUGAACGCUCAAUUGAGCCAAACACGUUCGCAACGCAUCCGUGCUGCAAUGUUCCCAGAAACUCUUGAGGAAGGCAUUAAUAUUCCGUCGACACAAUUUGAUACACAGCAACCGACUGCCGUACAACGUCUAUCCGAACCAUCACAAAUGCUUAAACAUGCAGUUGUCAAUUUGAUCAACUAUCAAGAUGACGCCGAUUUGGCCACGCACGCUAUACCUGAAUUGAUUAAGCUACUGAACGAUGAGGAUAACUAUAUCGUUUCACAUGCCGCCAUGAUGGUGCAUCAAUUAUCGCGCAAAGAAGCAUCCAGACAUGCAAUUAUGCAAAGUAAUGCAAUGAUCCAAGCUCUCGUUCAGGCCAUUUCGACCUCGAACGAUUUGGAGACGACCAAAGGUGCGGUCGGUACUUUGCAUAAUUUAUCGCACCAUCGUCAAGGUUUACUUGCCAUAUUCAAAAGCGGCGGAAUUCCGGCAUUGGUAAAACUUUUAUCAUCUCCAAUUGAAUCAGUGCUAUUCUAUGCAAUUACCACAUUGCAUAAUUUGCUCCUUCAUCAAGAUGGAUCAAAGACAGCUGUUCGCUUGGCUGGAGGCCUACAAAAAAUGGUUCAAUUGUUGCAGCGACAAAAUGUCAAAUUUUUAGCAAUCGUCACCGAUUGUCUUCAAAUUCUUGCCUACGGCAAUCAAGAGAGUAAAUUGAUUAUUUUGGCAUCCGGCGGACCCAAUGAAUUGGUUCGCAUUAUGCGCUCCAAUGACUAUGAGAAACUUUUGUGGACUACUUCACGUGUAUUGAAGGUCCUUUCAGUUUGUUCAAGUAACAAACCCGCCAUUGUCGGAGCUGGUGGCAUGCAAGCAUUGGCCAUGCAUUUAACCAAUCCAUCACAACGGUUGGUACAAAAUAGUUUGUGGACAUUGCGUAAUUUAUCCGAUGCAGCCACUAAAACCGAUGGACUCGAUAUGCUCUUGACUAAUUUGGUUCACGUUCUCGGCUCACAAGAUGCCAACUUUGUGACAUGUGCCGCUGGAAUCCUAUCAAAUUUGACAUGCAACAAUCAACGCAAUAAACAGAUUGUGUGCCAAGUGAAUGGUGUCGAAGCACUGGUCAAUACGAUCAUUAAUGCUGGCGAUCGUGAGGAGAUCACUGAACCAGCUGUUUGUGCAUUACGCCAUUUGACUUCACGUCACGAAUUGGCCGAAAUGGCACAGAACGCCGUUCGCUUGAUUAAUUACGGUAUACGUGUUGUCGUCAAACUGUUGAGUCCUCCAUCUCGCUGGCCAUUGAUUAAAGCCGUUAUUGGAUUAAUCCGGAAUUUGGCUUUGUGCCAUGCAAAUCAUGCGCCACUUCGCGAACAAAAUGCCAUACACUGUUUAAUUCACUUGUUGAAUAAGGCACAACAGGACAUCCAACGCUCGUCAAUGGCUAGCAAUGGAUCUCAACAGCCAGGUGCAUAUGCUGAUGGUGUUCGUAUGGAAGAGAUCGUUGAGGGCACAGUUGGUGCAUUACAUAUCCUCGCAAGAGAUCCACACAACAGAGUACUGAUUCGUCAACAAGAAGCUAUACCAAUAUUUGUUUCUUUGCUUUCGAGUGACAUUGAAAAUAUUCAGCGUGUUGCUGCUGGUGUUCUGUGUGAACUAUCAAACGAUAAAGAGAGUGCUGACAUGAUCGAAGCUGCUGGAGCAACUUCACCACUCACCGACUUAUUGCAUUCACGUAAUGAAGGUGUUGCCACCUAUGCAGCGGCUAUCCUAUUCCGAAUGAGUGAAGAUAAAUCGACCGAAUAUCGAAAACGUCUAUCCGUUGAAUUGACCAAUUCAUUGUUGCGAGACGAUACCGCUUGGACAAAUGACAUUGGUCUUGGGCCAGAUCUACAGGACAUGCUUGGGGCCGAUCAAGCAUAUGAGGGACUAUAUGGACAAGGUCCGCCCAGUGUUCACAGCUCACACGGUGGACGAAUGUUCCAACAAGCAUAUGAAACAUUGCCAAUACCAAUUGACUCGUUCCAAGGGCUAGAGUUAUGUAGUCCAUCAUUGGUUGGGCCAACUUCACCAUACGAGAUGGACAUGGACGUCGGAGAAAUUGGUGCAGGCGAACUAUUGGACUCAAUGCCAUCUCCACCCGCAGGCGAUAAUCAAGCGGCCGCUUGGUAUGACACCGACUUGUAAUUUGUGAGUUUGCUGGCAACCAAAAAUCAUCAAAAAGAUUCCUCACAUUUUUCACAGGUCGUAAUCAUCAAAAUAGAUUAUUUCCUACUUCACUGAUACGAUUCCAUAUUCUCUAAAUUUGCGCAAUCAAUUUUCGAUAGUAUUAAAGAAUUAAUAUUAGAAAAUAGCAAAUAACGAUCUAUAAUGAAAAAGAACGGUUAUCUCUGUAAAAUCGUUUAAUCAAGUUUUUGAAUUAAACAAACAGGGUGAAAUUGUGUCUUCUUGAAGUUUUAGAUCAAACUUUAUUCAAACUGUUUUGAAUUAUUAUUUUAAAACUGAACGAUUUGUACUGAACGAUUAGUCAGAUAAUUAUUCAAUUAGUUGUUUUUGAAACUAAGAUAAAUGUCGACAUAUUUACACACAUUUAAAGUGACAAACAAGGUAUAUGUUGGUAUUAAGCGGAAAGAGAUUUUUUUAUAUAUUUUUUGUCACUUUCGAUUUUUUUUUUCAUCAUAUUGAACUUAAAUUAUAUAUUUUGUUUGUUUUUAAGUUUAUAUACACAUUUCAAUUUUUUUACCUUCAUUUUAUCUAUAAUAGACCUAUAUACAUUUAUAAAUGAUUUUCACAAUAUUUACACGAACAUUUAACUCAAACAUUCGUCAUGUUCAUACGCAUUAUAUGUUACAUCAACCUUAACCAUAUUUCUCCAAAAUCUAUCAGCACUAUUAGUGCGAUACUUAAUUUGGAAUUUGCAAUACAUAUUUGGAUUUCAUUGAUAAACAAUAUUUAAAUAGAUGUAUUUGUAAACAUUUAAAGAAAUUUAAUAAACAAUUUUAAUGGCUUAAGGAAAAUAUA